ACAGCGUCCGCAAGAACAAAACAUUGAUUGGGUGCAAUGUAGAAUGAGCCUUCCCGCCUGGCGUUUACGAUGAUUUAAUUGGCUGUUUAAAGCGCCCUUCUUUUGUGUUGUGGUCGACGCGGAAAUAGACAUACGCGUGGCUGCUAGUGGUAUUUUACCAAUGCGAUUGGUAAAUACGAGUCUUUCAACAUAGCUGGCGAUGUAAAUUGUGUAAUUUAAGGGCUUAUUAACCGGCACGAUGGACCACAGAGGAGCCGAAACACCUAGCAUAGCAUACAAAGUGUUCACGUUUGAAGAUAACAAGAAAAACACACCGGAGUCCCUUUGUGUUUCCAUACCGGAGGUUCUGGAUCCCCAUUAUGGGAUGUAUGUGUGGCCCUGUGCAGUGGUGCUGGCUCAGUUUCUAUGGACACGGAGAGAAGAGCUGAGAGGCAAGACGCUACUGGAGCUCGGUGCAGGUGUGAGUCUGCCGGGCGUGGUGGCGGCCAGGUGCGGGGCAUCGGUGAUCCUGUGCGACAACGCUGAGACGCCGCAGUGUCUGGAGAACUGCCGGCGCAGCUGUGACGCCAACGGCCUGGGCCAUGUUACCGUGCUGGGUCUCACCUGGGGGGAAGUCUCGCCGGAUCUGGUUCUGCUCCCGAAGCUGGACAUCAUCUUGGGAUCAGAUGUCUUCUACGAGCCACAAGAUUUCGAAGACGUCCUCCUGACUGUUGCUUUUCUUCUGAGGAAAAACCCCAGCGCUCAGUUCUGGACCACGUACCAGGAGAGGAGUGCUGAUUGGUCGAUUCAAGUGUUGCUCCAGCGGUGGGGGCUGACCUGCGUCGACGUUGGCCUGGAAACCUUCGGCGCCAAUGAAGCUGAGCUGGCUGGAUCCACGCUGCCCGGAAACAAGAGCAUCCUCAUGAUGAUCAUCACCCUGAAGACAGGAUGAAGACGUAAAGAAGAGUUGUCAUGACUACCAUACACUCAAAGGGCCCUGUUUUAAGAUCUAAGCGCACGGCGUGAAGGUCCAGGUGUGUUUAGGGCGUGUCCAAAUCCAAUCUUUUGCUAGUUUGACGG